AUGGCAUGCCCAGCCCCUGAUCGAGACAAAAAACAUCCUGAAAUGGACCAACGUAAAGCCUCGAUGCUUGUUCGAAAAGUAAUAUGUCAUCGGGAACAAUUAAACGACGACACUGAUGAAGAAUACCAAGACAUGGCAGAAACCUAUCCAAUGACUAAAUCACUUCCAUCCAAUUACAUGAUCAACUGGAAUGAUACUUCUUUGUAAAAACGUUUCUCUAUUCGCUGAUUCACCUUAAUAAUAGACUCAUUCUUGCUUCUUCCUUUCAUUUUCGAAAACGAGAAAUUUCUCUCUGCAAAGCAGGUGCUGUGGAUGAGUGUCUGCCCACAGUGUCUGUGCCUUCGCAGAUGUAGGUGUGGGUGUGGCGGGUGCGGGUGGGGCGGUGGCGGGGGGGGGCGUGGUCGGGGGCGCGGGGGGGGGCGGGUGGGUGGGGGUGGCGGUGGGCGUGGCGGUGCGGGUGCGGCUGGG